AUGAAAUUAUUCUAUUCUUAUAGAUCAUCUUUGUCAAAUAUCAAAACAAUAACAAGAAAAAUGCAUGUGAAACCAAUUAAAAUGAGAUGGGCCUCUGGCGGGGUAAACUACGCUUAUUUAUUAAGUAAUCAAGAACAAACUAAAUCAUGGUUAAUUGAUCCUGCAGAGUCUGAUGAGGUAAAAAAUGCAUUAACAUCAGAAGAAUUGGAGACUGUAGAGAUCAUUGCUAAUACACAUCAUCAUCAUGAUCAUUCUGAUGGGAAUUUGAGCAUGGUUAAAUUAUUAUCAUCAGCUUCUUCAAAAGGAAUCAAGAAAAUUGAUGUGGUAGCAGGGUCGAUAGUUAGUCCUGGAGCUACUGUUAUUCCAAAACAUUUAGAGAAGAUUCCAUUGGGUUCUGAUAUCAAGAUUCUAUGUAUUAGAACACCAUGCCAUACUCAAGACUCUGUGUGUUAUUAUGUUGUAGAUAAACAAAACGGUGAUCAAGCGGUUUUCACAGGUGAUACACUAUUUACUGCAGGAUGUGGUAGAUUCUUUGAAGGUGAUGGUAAUGAAAUGAAUGUCGCUUUAAAUCACACUCUAUUGAGUAAUGCAGGAAGUAAAUGUAAUUGGGAUAGAGUAAAGGUUUAUCCGGGUCAUGAAUAUACAAAGGAUAAUGUCAAGUUUGUACGUAAAUAUAUUUAUACCAAGAUUGGACAAAAUGAAGCUUUAGAUAAAUUAGAAGAUUUCUGUAACCAAAAUGAAGUCACUACAGGACAUUUUACUUUAUCUAAUGAGACCGAAUUUAAUCCAUUUAUGAGAUUGGAUGACCCAGCUGUUAGAAAAGCCGUUAAUGACCCUUAUAAAACCAAAACACAUGGAGAGGUGAUGUCUAUUCUUAGAGAAAUGAAGAACAGAGGUUAA